AUGGCGGAUGGAGCAUGGAUUAGUGCAGAAACUGAAGACGAAAAUUAUGAUCAAGCCUUGGUAUUGGGAAGGAAGAACAUCAGAAAUGAGUUUGAGAGGCUGGAAAGGAAUCCACCAGAUGGAUGCUACAUCAAAGCAAAUCAUGAUGAUGAUUUCCUUUACUGGGAAGCUACUGUCUUUGGACCGAAAGGUAGCCCGUAUGAAGGUGGUGUCUUUGACAUAACCCUGAAAUGCAUAGACGAGAAUCCCUUCGUGUUGCCCGACGUGACUUUCAUCACCAAGAUUUACCAUCCGAUCGUCAAGCGACAUAGCAAGAUAUGCGAGUUGUCAUCGAGAGUAGACAACAAGAGUGUGCAACUCCGGAUCUCUUCUGCACAAUCUACAGAUACCCCCGACCGUGGCGGAACUUUUGGGCCGUGUGCUUGCAAGGCAUUUCACACCCAGUUUACCUACUAA